UGCCGCGUGGAAAAAUGCGUGCUUGCGCACACGCACCCUUGCUUGCAUCCAUCUUGAACAGCCAGAGUGGGGAAGCCGCGUGAACGCGCCCCCCUCCUUUUUUUUCAGCUUCCCUCAGUGCGCGCUCUCGCCCCCGACUCAAGCUAGUGGUGAGCCCCGGGCACAGACCACCCUCGGCGGGGUAUCGAGAAAGAUGGAGGAGCGGUUCGGAGGGAGACUGUUGUGGCUGGCCGCGCUGUCCGGCGUCCUCUGCGUGGACACUGUGCUCGGGAAAUACGUCAAAGGCGUCGUGGACACCAAAGAGGACUGGGUUUUCCUCACUCGCUUCUGCUUCCUCACCGAUUUUGGACGUCUUGACUUCCGGUUCCGUUACCCCAAGUCUCGCUGCUGUCAGAACAUAUUACUCUACUUUGACGAUGCUUCCCAGUGGCCGGCUGUGUACAAGAGGCCCGAAAAGAACUGCUACCAGAAGGAGGCGGUGCUGAGGCCCGAGAACAACCAGGUCAUCAACCUCACCACCCGCUACACUUGGUCGGGAUGUGUGGUGGAGGGCGACGAUGGCGAGGAGGUGCUGAGCUGCGUUGGCGGCCGCAGUUUCCGCUCAGUGAGGGAGAGGUGGUGGUACAUCGCACUCAGCAAAUGCGGGGGCGACGGCCUUCAGUUGGAGUACGAGAUGAAACUGACCAACGGGCAGUCUUUCUGGACGCAGCACUUCUCCGCCGAUGAAUUCGGGAUCCUGGAGACGGACAUCACCUUCCUGGUCAUCUUCUCCGCCGUGUUCCUGCUCUCCUGCUACUUUGCCUACAAUCUGAAGGGGAGGCAGCUUCUUCACACCACCUACAAAAUGUUCAUGACGGCCGCAGGUGUGGAGGUGCUCAGCUUGCUGUUCCACUGCGUCUAUUGGGGCCUCUACGCUCGGGAUGGCGUCGGCAACGGCAGCCUGAAAAUACUCGGGAAAUUACUCUUCUCACUCAGUUUCCUGGUGUUCCUGCUCAUGCUCAUACUGCUCGGCAAAGGUUUCACCGUCACCAGGGCAAGGAUCAGCCACAGCGGCUCGGUGAAGCUGAGCAUCUACAUGACCGUCUACACAAUCACCUACGUCAUCCUCUUCAUCUACGAGGCCGAGUUCUUUGAUCCCGGCGAGGUUCUGUACGCCUACGACAGCCCGGCGGGCUACGGUCUGAUGGGAUUGCAGCUUUUGGCCUACGUGUGGUUCUGCUACGCCGUGCUGGUCUCGCUCAAGCACUACCCCGAAAAGCAGCCGUUCUACGUGCCCUUCUUCACAACCUACACGCUAUGGUUCUUCGCCGUGCCCGUGAUGGCUCUCAUCGCCAACUUUGGCAUCCCUCGUUGGGCUCGGGAGAAGAUUGUCAACGGCAUUCAGCUCGGCAUCCACCUCUACGCCCACGUUGUCUUCCUGGUGAUAACGCGACCGUCGGCGGCCAACAAGAACUUCCCGUACCACGUGCGCACGUCUCAGAUCGGGAUCCUGCUGUCCAGCCCCAAAGGAGGCGAGAGCGGCGAAAGCUUCCCCCACCACGCUUACGGCAACGGCUCCUUCCUGGGAGACUCGCAGCCCAACUUCACCGAACUCUUCUCCAUCCAGUCGGAUCCCGUCAAGACGGUAGAGGAAACGGUGCCGCGGAAAGUCCCCGACGUGCCGAGGAACAGCGAGCAGAAGAUCAUCACUACCUCGGCCCCCGUCGACGACCUGACGUCCAUUUUGCCGCCACUUCCGCCCCCCAUCCCGCCGCGCCCGGCCGCCGCCGUCCGCUCGCCCCCGCUCCCACUGCGGCUCCCGUCGUUCACCGAGUACUUCAGUAUGCAGGGCGCCGGCGGAGGCGGCUUCGGAUCAAAGGCGUGAAAACCAGAGGACGGAGUGAGUACAAAUUCAAGACAUUAUGGGAGGAGCACACAAAAGCGCUUGUUCCUAGAGAAGCAAUAAAUAUUUGACCAACAGAAGGACUUCUGGGCACCACGCUGGGAAAAAAAAAAACUGACAAAAUCCCCCGAUUUCUUUUUUUUUUUUUUUUUUUUUUUUUUUUUUGUGAAUGUAAAUAGCUUGACAGCCGAGCUCCCGCUUGAACUCAUUUUUAUUUUCCGCAUUAAAUAUAAAUUCCACCCUCGACCAGCAAAAAUCAUGCAUUUCACUCCUUUUUGAAAAAAAAAAAAAAUACUGUACUUUAAAAAAAAAAAAAGAUUUUGAUGAGAGGAAAAAAAGCAGCUAUUUAUUCUUUUAGAUUUUGUUCAUUUCUACAUUGGUCACCUUUUGAGAUUCGUUUGUUGUGUACCAAGGGGAAAAAAAACAUUCAAAAGUUGUUCAUUAUUAAGUCAAGGAACCACUUUUUUAUGGUUGUUCGCCUUCACAGCUGCGGAUUCGUCAUAUGCUGUCAAUGUUAAACGGCUUUUUUGGUAUUUGUAAAGAAAGAAAAGAAAAAAAACACGCAUGUUUGUGUUGUGUUUCCCGUCCAUAAGGCCGUUCGUUCUCUGUAUUCAGUGUUCGCUUAUUCUGUGUAUUAAGCAUUCAAAUUUUUUAUUCAUACGCACAAUAAGCUUCCGUGUUCUCAUCAAGCCAUUUGGCCCAAGUCUCAAAAGAAGCUUCAGUCAGCAAAAUUGUGUGAAACUUUGAUGAAUGUUUUAAUGCCAAACGGCACGAGAAUAUUUUAUUCGGGGAAAUUGACAACUACUCAUAUUGUGACAGUUUCAUCUCAUAAAUUGAGGACCUUGCAUGUGAAAUCUCAACUUUCUCAUAUUCCAGCUGUCUUCUUGGAAAAUGAUCACUUCGCUUCCGUAAUAUGACGGGUUCUCGUUCUUGUAAGAUUGCGAUUUUCCCCUUGGUUGUUUUCAUCGAUUCUCUGAUGUUCUCAUAAAAUGUCACCUUUUUAAUGAUGACUCUUCAGUUUCACGGCUCGUUGUCCAAAUUGUCAGUCGGUAAAACAUCAAAGCUCAUAGUUAGCCAAAUAACAUUGAGCGUCUUGCUCUUUUGUCACAAUUUGUCAUUUUUACACCCAAGUGUCCACUAAUUCCGAACGGAAAGAUAGUUAAGAUUGCUCCCUCCUUAAAUCAACGUUUUUUUUUGGUUUUUGGGGGGGGUUUUUGUGCUGACAUUUCAAUUCCGUGGACAGACGCGGCGGCUAAUGCUAGCGAGCCCAACCAUGGUGUAGCAUUCAAGUCAGUGAGGUCAAAUUUAGUUUAAAAGAUAAAUAAACACAUUUUAACAUGUACAGCCUUGGGGAUGUAAAUAUAACUGUU